UAAAAGUAUACAUCUUCGUAAUAAAGUAGGAAAGUUUAAACGUCGAAAUUCUCUUACGUGAUGCUUCAAAUUAGCAGGAAGCUAUGGAGAUUUGGAUAUACAAGACGGCUGAACUAAAAUAAAUGGUUUUUAAGAUUGCAAGUAGGCCCGUACAUGGAAUUACAUUUACAUAUUUAAUGAGAAGAAACACGUUUAGAAAACAAGUCUACCUCGUUGAACUCUCUUUACUUGUAAAUAUAUUAAAUUUAUCUUUGAAUAAAUCGCAAAAAACAUACUUUCCAACUAUUUAACAUUUAUUUUACGGUAAUUAAUGCGUAUUUAUUGUAACUAAAGAGUGAUAUAUAUAUAUUUUUCUGUUACAGAUGAGAGCUAUUUAGAAGUAUAAAGACCUGUCCACAUUCACCUUAUGUCUCUGUGGACAGGAGACAUCCAUGUGGGGACUGGCAUUCAACUGCCUACCUACAAGGUGACAAUGGAAACUGAAUCGGUCAGAUCCGGUCACAGCGAACAAUCGUCAAGAUCUCGAAGGAGCAGAGGUCAUAGCAGUCAUGGAGGAGGCUCUCAUCAUCACAGUCACAGAAACAGGAGUACCGGAUCCGGAAAGCACUCUCUCAGGUCUAACCGAUCCGGAAACAAGGAGGAGAGUGGAGAAGAAAGAACGGAAACUGGAGAAGUUAUCGAAGUGCAAAUACUAUCGCAGGACGAUAACUGGGGUGAUAAUACUACCGCCAUUACCGGAAACACCAGCGAAAGAUCGGCUUCGGUGGAUGACAUAUCCAAAUUCGGACGCGAUUUCGAACAAGGUUUGGCAUUUCGGUGCCAAAUGUGGAUGGGGACAAUCAUAGCGGCUCUACUAUCAUUCUGUGCCUUCAUAUCACCCAUAGUUAUGGUAGUGCUACCAAGGAUAGAGAUGUUCGAUUGGAAGAUCGAUCAAUGUGGUCCCGAAUGUGAUGGUUUGCUCAUAAGUUUCUCUUUUAAACUUUUAAUACUCUUAGUCGGUUGUUGGGCAGUGUUUUUCAGGAAACCAAAAGCUACCAUGCCCAGAAUAUUUAUUUUUCGAGCUAUAAUUAUGGCUUUGGUGUUCGUUUUUACCUUCUCGUAUUGGCUCUUCUACGGAGUGCGCUUCCUCGAGAAGAGAACGAAUAGCAGCGGUACUUCUUAUCAGAGUAUCGUGUUGUUUGCCGUAUCGUUGGUGGACGCUCUGCUCUUCAUACAUUACUUAGCCGUGAUUCUUAUGGAAAUUAGACAAUUGCAACCCCAUUAUUUUGUCAAAGUGGUACGAUCGCCCGAUGGCGAGAGCCAUUGCUAUAACAUGGGACAGCUCAGCAUACAAAGAGCUGCCGUAUGGAUUUUAGAACGAUACUACCAAGAUUUUAGUAUUUAUAAUCCGUAUUUAGAAACCAUUCCCACCAAAACAAGAAAGUCUACUUCAGGCUUCAAAGUCUACGAAGUAGAUGGAAUAGGGAACAAUACAAUCAAUGGACAAACAAGAGCUGUUUUGGCAGCUAAUGCCAGAAGGAGAGACACUAGUCACAACGAAAGGUUCUAUGAAGAACACGAAUACGAAAGACGUGUUAAGAAAAGAAGAGCAAGAUUGAUUACUGCUGCUGAAGAAGCUUUCACACACAUCAAGCGGUUACAAGACGAACAAGGUCCGGCUAUUCCGAUGGAUCCUACUGAAGCGGCUCAAGCGAUAUUUCCUUCGAUGGCCAGGGCAUUACAGAAAUACCUGAGAAUAACUAGGCAACAACCUCGCCACACCAUGCAAUCUAUACUAGAUCAUCUAGCUCUAUGUUUGAGUUACGAUUUAAGUCCAAAAGCAUUUUUGGAAAAGUAUUUCGUCCCCAGUCCCGUAUUGCAAAACGAUCGAGAGCAUAGACCCAUACAAACGUGGGCUUUGGUGUGUGACAUUCUCCUAUCACGACCGGUGGAACCCGGUUGCGUUUUCAUGUUGAGACAGAAUGAGAUAUCCUUAUUGGUGACUGUGCAUUGCCUGCCGCAUUUAAAUAUCACGGAGGAGAUUAUAGAUCCAAAAAGUAACAAAUUUGUGCUGAGGUUGAAUUCCGAAACGUCCGUUUAACAAUUUUUUUUCUUUUGUAGAAGUGUGGCCGCUUUGAUGUAGCAGUUGAUGUACGUGAUGGUAUUGGAGAUACUCCGUUCUUGAGGUUCAGAGAUUGCAUGGCUGGACGAAUCAAAAGUCAUUAGUGAGAGCUUUUCGCAAAUAAAAAAAAAAGUUUUCACCGACAUCUCAUCAAAGGAUAUAUCUUGCACUCCUCAAAUUUCUUUUAAAAUAAAAGACUGCCUCUUAUAUUCACGCAUUCUCUUGAAGAUUUUCUCGUAAUUUAUCCAUAAAAUGUAACAAAUAUGAAUACUGUGCAUAGCUUCAGAGAUCAAAUUCGUUGAUCUUCAAGCUUCUCUUUAUCAUUUGUGGAUCUUCGUGUUAUUUAAACUCUCUGUCUCUCUCUCUUUCUCUCUCUGUGAUAAUUUAUUAUAAAUAUAUAUAUAUAAAUAUAGCCUAUAUAUUCUUUCUUGCACAUCUUAUCUGGGAUCAAAUGAAAUGCAUAUUAAUUAUUUUGUGGUAACAGAGCAUUGGAUGUAAAAAUCUAUGCAGAAUGUGUACGAGAAUGUAGCAUGUUUCGAAAUGUUCUUUAAUCUCGAGCAAAAUAUUUGUAUUUUAAGUAUUAGCGAAGAGAAAAAGUGAUGAUAUUUUUGCACAAUCGUUUCGCAAUCUCAUGCGAAUUUUCGCUGCCAAAAUCAUUAAGGGUCCAGUUUUGAUCAAAGUUGCGGCAAAACAAAGGGAGAAAAAAAUGUAAAUUUUUUGCAUCAAUAAUAUAUCUGCUUACAAUUUCUCAUUAAAAACAAAUUAAUUUGUACAGAUUUCGGCUCUACAAAACUGAAGAAGUAAUACAAAAUUACCCACGGAUCUUUCCUGUUUCGUUUACAGUCUUCGUAGUGCCACCAUGAUUGAUACUCUUGGAUGUCUUUCCUAUUUACUUUCGGAUGCAGCGUUAUUCAAGAGGAUCACAUCUCGUAAAACCGAAAUAUAUAAAAUGCCAUUCCAUUCUUAUAAAAAUGCCCAAUUUUGAUCUGCCCAAAAUAAAAAAAUAUAUAUAUAUAUCCCGUCAGGGUGUAGUGCAAUUUUCAUGUCCAGCGAAGGCUAUGCAUUUGAUUAUUGUAAACUGUUUGGUGAAAGCUGUUCAUGUUUGCAACAGUAUUUUAAUGUGAAAACAUCCUAGAGGGAAAAUAGGUUCGUUUUAAAUAAGUUUUAGGUGAUUUCGUUCAGAUAAAUUGUGGUCGAAGUAUACACAAAAGUGGCACAUAUCCUUAUUGUACAUAUGUUUUAUGUAUUUUUGUCAUGUCUGUGUUUGAAUGUAAAUAUCUUAUGUAAUUUGUACUGAUAUAUGAAUGCAAACAAAAUUGACAAAUCGGCGUUUUAAUAAAUAUUGGAGUAAAAUUAUCAAUUUGUAUUUUAUUUUCUUUAAUCAUAAUCAGACACAAAACGUACUAAACUUUAAUUUUAUAAUAUAUACCUAAGGCCUUGUGUGGUUCUAAGCUAUAACGUAUAAGAGGCCAUAUGUUCAGGCUAUAUUUGGAUUUAUGGUUCUAAGGCCCUUCCCCUUCACAAAAUAAUAAGUUUAAAAGUCAAAGGCCUAAAGCCCCAAUUUUAAACUUUAAAAAUGAAGAAAAAUGAGCAAUUUAAAGUUAUAAAUACUUUGAUUUUUUUUAAAAAAAAGGACAAUUACAACGA